AUGACGCAUACGGAAAUUUUUUCAGAUGAAUUCAAACUAUUUGAUUUAAUCGAUGUAACAAUGAAGAAUGACCCACGUUGCGUUGAGAACUAUGGGCCCAUUGUCGAGAAUCUAAAUGGAAUCUUUCAAAGAACGUUUAAUGAAGAAGACCAUAGGAAAUUGAUGGCCGAUUCCCAGCCUUUUUGGGAACGUUUAAGAGACACAUUGGAAGGAAUGCUGUUACGGGUACCUUUGAAUGAAGAUAGCUCAAUACCAUACACGAGAACAAUGAGAGGCCUUGUGUUAUUGAUGAGAAACCUUGCUGCGGAAAACCAAGAAAUACCCCAAAAGCUGCUACUGCAAAAUCUCGUAAUACGUGGGUUUCUACACGCAACUAGUGAGUAUGUAGUGGAUACUCCAUUAGUGAAGCACUUAUAUAUCGCAUGCUUAACGUGUCUUUACAACAUGCAACAAAACUACUCCACAGUAGAUAUGACUACGUUCCCAGCGCUUUUGCAAUUUUUUCAAUAUCCCUAUGGGAUGACUUUUGAAGAGGAUAAAGAAGAGGAACAUUUUUGGUUGCCAUAUCUCUUUCUUUUCAAAACAUAUCUCAAUAAUGAUGAAUUUUCCAAUGAGCUGUUUAGAGAUAGUGAUACGAAUCAAGGCGACUACUAUCGCCUAAGAGAUAGGAUCUUUUUCCAUAUCAUCAUCACUAAAUUUAUCCAAGAUCAAGAAGAUUCGUUUGUAAUUGAAAACGGUAGGGACUAUCUAGACGAUUCAAAAUUGAAAAUAACAUCUAUUGAUCUAUCCGUUUUGGACUGCAUCAGUAAAAGUCUAACAAGUGCAUCUUUUGGUAAAUACCUACAGGGGUUUGAAGAUAGAGAACCGAAAUGUUUUGCCAAACUGUUGCAAAUAAUGCAAUUGAUUGUAACGAGUAAAGAAGAUUGGAAUAAAUAUGAAUUGACAGCCAUUAUGUCAUGGUGCUAUCCCAUUUUGCAACGCCUUACAGAUAAUGAUAUUCCUGCUUUUUUCAAGAAAGGCGUCAACGAUUAUACUCCAUCAGUUGCUAUCCAAUUACAUUCCACAUUAUUAUCCUGUUUGGACAUCAUUUCCGAUUUGUGUAAAUUCGAUCAUGUUAGACAGUUUUUGAUAUCUUACGAGUGUGUGAAAACAUUAAUUUCGUUACUGGAUACAUUCCAAAAGAACCUGCUGAGAAUUAAUUUCUUUAAGGGAAAUAGUGAAACGGUGGAUGAUAUGAAAAUCACAGAUUGCCAAGGUAAUAAAAUCGAGGAUCGAUUAUUGAUCUACAAUCGUGUUAAUGCCAAUUCGUUCUUCAUCAGAGCGGAUAAUUUCCCCAACUGUAAGUUAGUUAUAGUUGAAAUACUAGCGUCGUUAGUAUAUGCACAUCCUGAAAUUCAAGAUCAAAUAAGAGAAUUGGGUGGACUCGCGUUAAUUCUUUCCAACUGUGUCAUUGACGAUAAUGAUCCAUUCAUUAAGGAAAGGUCUAUCAUUUGCUUAAAGUUUUUGUUAAGGAAUAAUGCCAAGAACCAAGAAUUUGUCAAACAAAUGGAGGCGCAAGACGUUGUUCAGGAUGAUGCAUUAAGCAAAGCAGGGUUUGAAAUUUCAGUGGAAAAGGGCGGAAAAGUAAGACUUGUAUCUAAAAAGGAAGAUUCUGAUAGCGAAAUUUCCGAGCUUGUUAGCGUAGACGAAGAUUGA